AUGUUCUUGUCGCUGUUUGGGAACUUAGCUGUUAUCGCGAUUGUAUCAAAGAACAAUCAAAUGUGGACAACAACGAACUUUCUGAUUGCCAAUAUGGCUGCAUCAGAUUUAAUGAUCACUGCGUUUGCAUUACCACGAGAAGUAGCGGAAGUCUUCAUCGGCCCUAGAAGAUGGCUGUUAAAAGGAAUAGUGGGACAGAUUCUUUGUAAGCUGGUUUUCUUCCUUCAAGACCUUUCCACCGCAGUAUCCAUGCACAGCCUUGUGGUUAUAGCCAUCGACAGGUAUCGAGGGAUAGUUUUUCCUUUCCGCUCUCCUGUUAUUACAACCAAGAAUUGCAAGGUAAUAAUUCCCAUAAUUUGGGUGGUGGCCAUGGGUUUACACGGAAUGUAUUUCUAUACCUCGCAACUGACGAUGAGCGAAAGCAAGUGGUACUGCACGAUAAGCUGGGCACCCAAGUUUGAGGAAAAGACACAAGUGAUAUAUUUUACUUUUCUUUCGGUCGUGAUAAUUUUUUUACCUCUCUGUGUGAUUCUCACAUUGUACACACUCAUCCUGAUAGAACUAAGGAAAAGAAAGGUAUCUAAAAACAACGCAUUAGAAUUGAGAAGCCGACGGCGCAAAGAAGACACAGCCAUCAUGAAAAGGAUUCUGAUUUUAGUUCUUCUUUUCCUUUUGUGCAUAACUCCAGUUAUCGUCUCGGGACUUGUCUUUCAUUUCAUAUGGGACUCACGCCUUCCUUGUGUCAUGGAACAUCUUUUUCCUGUUACAAAGUUUGUUUUUUAUUCAAACGCAUCGCUAAACCCGUGGGUUUACAUUGUUUUAAGUGAGAGAUAUCGCCAGGGAAUGAAAGAAUUAGCCAAAAAUUUUACUUGCAAAGAUAAAAUCGAGCUGAAACGAGCGAGUAAUCUGUCAUUAAGGAAGACCGACAAGAAACCGAAGUCUGCUGUAAAUUUUGUAAGGAUCAGCAGUUUGUAAAUCUGAAAAGGUAAGCUUCCUGAGGUUGUAAACGGGUGUGAUCACCAGAUGAAGUAAUACAAAAGAACACCAAACAAUACGCACACCAAUAUAUCAAGGGCACUCAACGACGGUUUCCCCCUAAAUACAUUGAAAACACUUUUUAUACUGUCCAGAGUACUUUUAGAUCAGAUACCUUGCUUGUAUGAAAAUUCGCGUCGUACUCAUUUUCGCUCAGCUUUAAAUUCGCGCGAUUUAAUUUCGCUCACCUUGUUACGACUUAUUCGCGAAGCGUUAAAUUCGUGCAAGCAAUGUUCCGUGUUCUUUCUUUUUGGUUUGUUUGAUAAAGCAUUUAUACUGAGUAUUUUUUAUCAACAAAUACUACAAUAUUUGUCGAUGAUAUAUGAAGUAAAUCAUAUAUGAACUGCGGAAAUGAAAUGAAAAUGAUGAAAUGAUCGUCGCAGUGAACGCAAUUUAUGCAAUUGCGUAAUGAAGCCUGAAAAAAAUUCAGGACUUCAACGGGAUUUGAACCCGUGACCUCGCGAUUACUAGUGCGAUGCUCUACCAACUGAGCUAUGAGGCCACUGACGUUGAGAGCGGGUCAAUUGUGGGUUCAUAUGUUCCCGUGAAAGAAAUGCGUGUUAAUGAUAUAUGAAAUAAAUGAUAUAUGAACUGCGGAAAUGAAAAUAUAAAUAAACUAGUAAUAGUUGACACUACAGCUGCCCCCGUUCUUUAUAUUGUCGGUCAAUAGUAUUCCUGCUGGUUGUGUAGCUCUUUGAAUUAUACCGAUUAAUAAUAAAGAUUUUCACACAUAUUCCAUACAAUAGGUGAGAUAAAUACAGGAAACGCAAGGUUCCAUGCACAGUUUCAGCUCGAUUUACACAGCUUUAAUCAAAACAUUCUCGGUUUCGAGAAUAGUUUAUUCUAAACCAUAACAAAAGAUUUAAUUAAAAGUUGAAUUUUUCGCUAUUUCUCUUUCACUUUAUACAUUCAGUUCAUUUUAUUUGCCGGAAAGUAAGCCUUAGAAAGCGCAUAGCGCAUUCUAGUCUUAUUUGAAACUUUAUAACGGAAGAAUAUCUGUGAGCAGGGAAUAAGUCAGCACAGAAUUUGAUUGUCGAAGAAUUUCUGUAAAUGUCCAUCAAUCUGCUAGUGAGAAGCUAGCCGUUGUUCACUCGUCUUGCUUGUUUGGGGCUGAGUCUUAUUCCGAGAGAGAGAGAGAAAGAGUGUCUGGCAAGGUUUCCAAUAUAAAUCAAAGAUUUGUGAACUCGUGUCUGGCAAACUCUCUAAGUGUUUAUAUAUACACAGUUAAACGCACCUUAUAACCUUCCCUGCGCUUAACGAGUGUCUUUUGGUCCAUAACUUUCAAAACAACUGCUCCACACAAUGUCACUGCGUAACGCAAAAGAGUAUCGAAGUCAGACUGCACAAUAAAUGUCACAAAAUCUACCUGAGCGGUCCCUUCGGGGUUUUCUGUCUUUACGUCAUCCUAACCAUUUCGUACUUGCGGGCGCAAACAAUAGAAACGUCAUCAUUACCUACCGAUUCCUCGCGGCCCCAGUUCGAGCAAAUCGAGAUUUUUUCUAGUAUACUGACUGUAUAUUUGAACUGUAAGUACUGUCCUUAAUAUACGCGCGAGUUACUAGGGUACAUGAAUGGAACGGGCAUCUACAGUGUAGAAAUUUUUAGCCGUCAUAAACGAAUAGAAAAUUCUAGGUCAUGUUUGCUUUGAUUCCGAACAGAUAUUUUACAGAAAUCAGUCGUUGGGUGCCCCUGAUAUAUCCACAACACUAAGAGACACCUCUAAAAAGCUACUGCUGAUAUUCCUGGAUAUAUUUAGUAAAGAACACACACAAUUCAACCGCGAAUAGCAUAGUACAGCAUAAAUUUGUGAAGCGCGGAAAGGAAUUGCCUGACGAUGGAAAGAAUUGCAAUUUUAUGAAGUAAGUGUUAUGUGUAAUCAAAUAGCCGAUUAGAAUUUCGUCCAUACGUACGGCAAGUGUAAGUCGAGUGUACCAUUUGAUUACCUGUUUUAUAGUAUCAUAGAGGCCUUGUAGUUAACAUUACCGUGCAAGUAAAGCGUAGCUGGCUCGUAAGAAGUGCUCCUGUUCAGAAUUGGGUUGAGAACCCUAAUUUGCUGCUUUGCCCGCACGAGAAGGAUUUAAACGUAAUGCUUUUCCGGCGCAGGCCAGAUUAAAAUUAAAAUUAAUUGCUCUGAGGCCUGGUUCAGACGCCGUACUUUUCAUGAGCCGAACCUAAUACAUUGAAUUAAGUACAUGAAAAGUUCGGCGUCUGAAUCAAUUAGGAACGCCUGUUUCAAUUUGGAACGGCUCAGCCGUUCUUUUCGCCUAGCCCGGCCCGGAAUGUCGCCUUUGGAUCGACUUAGGAACGCCUUUGAUUCAGACGCCGAACUUUUCAUGUACCGAACCAAAUGCAGAAAUUCUUACAACGUAUUUUGUAAGCAGUUUGACCGAAAUGCGCAUUUUUCGCCUUCUGAAUUUAGUUCGGCUGGAAUUAAGAUCGGCGUCUGAAUCACUUUUGCCGGUCUAAAUAAUUUGGGUCGGCCUUAAUUCGAAUUAGGCUCGGCUCAUGAAAAGUUCGGCGUCUGAACCGGGCCUGAGUUAUAGAAUUCUGUAAACACUAAUGAGCGGUGAAAAAACUGCUUCUUCCUCAUUCUCCUCGCCGCUUUCCUCUCGCUUCUGGUUUCCUAGCCCUCCGUCGUCCUUCCCCAGCGAACCGCUAGCUACACAGGCAAGCUAGUCCAUAUUAAACAGCUCGUACUUAUAUUUUAACAACUAGUUAUAACCAAAGGUUACGGAGUGCGGGCGACAAGGAUGGAAGGUCAAAACGCUUUUGCUCCAGCGCUGUGCUUUGCAUAAGUUUCACGUGACAGAUGGUCAAAACACGCGUGUUCAGAUUACUAGUGAGUAGAAGGUCUCAAUGCGCGUGAUCAAAUUGAGUUCUGGGCAUUCCAUUCAUGCUUAAUGGAAGUGCAAACAAAUGCUGGCUACGUACAUGCGACGCAUGCGUUACAACCUGGAGAUUAGGAAAACAGCUUUCGGGCAUAUCGUAUUUUUUAUUACUGCAUAAGCAUGAGAAACUAUCUGUCAAAUUUUAAGCCUGUUUUUUUUACUAGUGUAUAAGCAUAAACAUAAAGAUAUAAGCACGCGUAGCUCUCCUCAAGCCAGUGAUAAAGAAGAUGGUGGGCGCUUCGUCCGCCAUAUUGUUUUUGAUAUGUUCGCAUGAGGUCUUGGUCAAAGUGGCCUAUGAUUGGUCUAAAACAAAGCUAAAACAUGCUUACCUCCAUCGAUAUUAAGUUCACCUUCCAUAGUGCACGAUUAGGGUUUUUUAGCUCCGCAAAUAUACUCCAAAUAGCAGAUGUCGCCCUUCGAGCUGUGUUCUUGCUGUUCUUGCCAUGUCUUUAGCUAUAGUUUCGCCUAGUUCUUACUCUUGAAACGAGUGAAAUGCCCUCCAUUAUUUGUUUUCACAAGCAAAACAACUCAACCUCGUCCCCAGGUUUUCUCGGUUAACUGUGCGUUAACCUGCAUGAACGCUGCAUUUUUUCAUUUCCUCGUUAAACACAAAAUUCUUCCAAAUUUGGUCAUCAGUAAGUGGUUAUAGUGAAUUAUGCCUGUGCUUUUAGCCAAUCAGAAUCGGGGAAAUAUUUUGAAUGAAUAAUAAUGUAUAUUAACCUCCACCCACUUGUAACCGCUCUGUGGUCAGAGUAAAGCUUGGCUCCUUUGGCUGCUACACACUUUUUUCCUUUGUCAUGUUAAAUUCAAUGUAUAGUUAGCUCUGUUGUUACUUCUUUUUUUUUCUUAUUGUCGUUUUAUUGUUAUUGAAUAAGUGUGAAUAAAUGAACUUGAACUUGAAAUUGAACUUGUGUUCAUUAGCUAAUAACGACAACAAGACAUUACUCAUCAACAACUGUUAGUUUUCUAAAUCAUUCUGGACUGCUUGUUCUGUUUUUUUAUUUUUUUUUUUUAGUACUGUUAUUGUUGUUGUUGUUUUUUUUUCAGCAGGAAAUCCUCAGUAUUUUUAAAGCAUUUGUCAAGCGAUAUGGCAAUUAUCUCUUAGUGAAACACUUCCUCUAUAGAUCUUCGCCGACUGCAAGAGAUCUAACAACUAAUUAAAUUGAAUUUCCUUAAGAUCGUAGCAACAACGCGACCAUAAAAAAUAUGAAUUUCACUCAUGUCCAUCCUGAUGGAUAAUUUCUGCUAACUGACGUUGUAUCCUGAUCCAAGCUGUUUUAGGGAGAGUAAAACUCAAACCGAUGAGCUAAAUAACUGUUUAUGUUGGACGUCAUCCCACCAUAAUUUUCUCUGCUAUUUACACUGUUAGUAUUAGGCGCCUGGAAAUAGAUUUUUGUUAAUCAGAUGAUGUAAAUAGCGCGGGGUACCGGUGAGUUUGAACAGUUUGUGAGUUUGAAUGCCGAAAUCAUUUUUUAAGGGGUCAUGAUAUCGAAAAUCACGCAGCAGUGAAAAUAAUGGUUCACUAUACAACUUCAUGUUCAGCAAUAACUGCUCAGACUUCUACAAUGUAGGUGUGAAAAGCGUAUUUUGUCCCCGUGCCUCUACUGGCAAGCGUUUCUGCAUAGGGUGGAUUACCACUGUUGCGUAAUUUUUUAAAAAAUAGAGGCGAUGUAUGAAAAUCGCUGGUAAAAGUUUAAGACAGAAUCCACCAGGGGCACCCAACGACAAUUUUCGGAAAAUAUCUGUUCGGAAGACGGUUUGAGAUCUAGAAUUUUCGGAACAUUUGUGGUAAAAUCUCUUCUAAAAAAUGGUAUAAUUGCCCAUUUUUAACGGUUUUUUACACUAAGAAGAUCACCUAUAAUUUUCGGGAGCCUCUUUUCUGGCUGAAAUGUUCGAAAAGGUAAGUUUUGAUCACUAUAAUUUUCGGAUAACUAGACUUUCAGCUAGGAAAUCCAAACAGUUGAAAACUUUUAAGGGGAUAAAGAUAUGCCUAUAUCCACCGUUUUUAAGAUUAUGCGUGGUUGUGGAUGGAGAGUCUUAUCAGUGCCGCGAAAGGAUUGUGUCUAAAAGUGACCACGAAUGACCACUAGUGACCAUCGAUCAGGGGCACCCAACGAGAAUAUAGUUCAAAACUACUUAAACAUGGCAUUGUUAAACGUAUUUAACUAACUCAAGAAUCAUAGAAGGUUCAUCCCAAUUAAAGAGGUCUCAAGCGGUCCAGGAAUGGGCAAAAGCGGCGGAGGGGGGGGGUACUUGUGUUCCGCUGGACAAGGUUAACGCGGACUCUGGGAACGAGAUUUGUCGGACUUGAUUUAACUUUUACAAUUUAUCAGCAUCAUCCGAAGUUAUUAGCUCUUUGUUCAAUCUCAAGUGCUAAAAGCUUUGCAAAAUUAAGCAUUGUAAACUGUUAAAAGCACUUACUAUUUUGGGCUGUUUUCUUUCAUUCUCUGAUGGGUUGUGUUUAAAGUAAUAAAUGUAAAUAUAAUUAUACAGUAUUGCGCUGGGUGAAAAUAUACCUGGAGGCCGGAUCGUAUCUGCGCUUUGUUUUGCAUGUUAAGUUUUAAUACUUCUCAAUGCAUGAUAAGGAACGGAAGAUAUUAACUGGUCGGAAAUUUAAAAAGAAACAAAUCAAACUCGGCCCUUUACUAUACGAUACUGGACGUUCUCUUCUUUUUUUCUUUUUUUUUUUUUUUUUCUUUUUUUUUUUAAUUUACUUACAUGUAAUCAAAUGCAAGUAAAAUUAAUGAGAUUUUUGGAUGAAGUUGGUUCAAAGAAGACUUCUUCUCUGGGAUGUGGUUGGAAUGCAAGCAAUCCAAGUUAAAAGUUAUCUUUUUUAUACUACUUCUGCUAUUGAUCGCCGCGGGAAGUGUGCAAAUUAACGUUGCUACAACCACUUGCAAAAAUGUUGAGACACUCCCACAAAAAAACGACCUUUGUUGCUUCAAAUCGCUCCCGGUCUCCAUCUAUAUAAUAUUGUGAUUGCUACAUAAGUCCAUUCAGUGACAUCUGUAAACGUGAAGAAGGCUGGUAUGGCCAGCCGAAAUACUGUUAUAAAAAAAAAUACACGUUGUUAUGAAUCAGCUUUGCAGUUAAGUCUUUGGACUUCUCGUCUUUGGUUCUUUAUAUUUUGGCUGAUUAGAUCUCUUUUCUAGAGAUCCUGAACGUUUACAACUAGCAGGAUCUUUGUCCACGGUUUUUGCAGUUAAUUUAAUCCUUUAUUUCUGUGAGAUAUAAUACUGACCUCCCUCCUUCCUCCCAUUCAAAGUUGUUCCUCCAAGUUUUGAAUAUGGUCUUGUAUUGCUACCAACUUUGAUAACAUGCUGAUAACGGUUGGAGGGGGAUCACAAGCACAAGAUCAUGGACAGGCCAUUUAUGCCAAAAUACGGUACUGUCUCAAGUACUUUUGCAACUGGUUGUAGCAUGAAAACGGAAGAUGAAUCUAAAAUAAACCGUUUUUAUAAACAGAAGUUUCAAAUUAUAUUUUUUGUUCACGACAAUACAGACGUCAAGCCAAAACUACUAAAACAAUGAAACAAUUAAUUUCUUUACUUUAAAAAUUUUUCUCACUCUAUAUGCAUGUAAAACUUGAGACCAUGGACAUUGCGGUUAACUAUCAACAUUAGAGAAAUUAAACGGCAGACGUGAAUUUUUACCACUUGACCAAGUUUCCCCCUUAUUUUCCGCGUACUUUUUAUUGCUUGUAUAAAAAAAAUAAGUAGUUUUAUGCCAAUUUUAACCGUAGGAAUCGUUCUGGACUGUCUUUAUCUGCUUAUUUUCUAUUCUGAGAAAUUCUCAACAUGAGUCUGACGUUUGCCGCAGUUUGCGGUAAACGUGAAUCUUAAUCUCUCUGAUACAAAAAAUAUAUACCCUGAGGACAGAUCUCACUUACUCCCAGCUGUAGGUUAUUUUUAUCUUACUAAGUCAAGAAUGAAUAAUUGAUUAGUGAGGUUUUAUAACUAGCUGCUACAAAGACACAGAAUAGUAUUCUCCGAGACCAUUUGCAGGCUACGAAGCUCCGUGAGUAUCAGAUCAAGAUAGAAUUCAAUUCAGAUCAUAGUAGAAAUGACGGCUGAGUUCUCCUAAGAGUAGGUGGUAGUUUACCAAUAUAGAAUUUCGAAAUUUCAAUGCAUCUGUCAGCGGAGGUGAGAAAUUAGUAUGAGAUGUUAUUCGUCUUGCUGCUUGGCUAAUCAUAAAAAAUUAAGGGGGCUCUUCUCCCUUUAGACAACUGACAUUCAGUUUGGCGAGAGACAGGGAUGGUAGCAUCAGCCGGCUCUGCAUCAGCAUUAGCCUGUACACACACGUUGUUUAUUUUUCUUUUCGUUCUUUUCGAAAACAUCGGCGAGCUCGCGAGCUAAGCGAGCGCGCGAGAAACACUACCUCCAUCCGCUGACGGUCCAUAAAUCCCCUGCGGUUUAUACUUUAUUUAUCAUCCGCGCUCGACGGACUUUAAAGAGAAAAAUAGGUGACAAGUUCAAGAGGAAAAGCCACUCAAAUUUUUGCAUGCAAAUUAUUAACAAGUGAUCAUAUCAUUUUUCUCGUGUAUUAAAUUUGGGAUAAAUCAGCACUCGCAAAUUUUUCAAAGACCACAAAUUUGGUUUUCCUUUGAAUAAUUUAGUUGUGCUGAUUUAUCCCAAACUGUACUCGAAAUCAAAAUAAUUUCCUAACUUCACUUGUCACAAUUUGAUUACGCAUUAUCCGCUAACGAGCAUAUAAUAAGAAGAAAAAUAGAUAUAAAAUUUAUUACAAAACAAACAAUCUUUUUAUAAAUAGCGAUCACAUCCAACACACUGCCUACUACAUAACAACUUUACCCUCGCGGCAGGUUCAGUCUCGAAAAGACUGGGUGGUAAUUAGCCCUCUAGCUACCUCAGUGAUAGCUUUAGUUACUAAUUGGCGAUACGUGGCAAGUGGUAUUUAGCAUAAAUUGCAGACUAUUAUUUCCAAGAAAAGCUGUUCUUAUUGUGUCAUCUUAGUUUGCAGAAGUUGUCGGGCAAAGACCAGACCUUCUUGUCAUGUCCCAUCUAAACGGCAGCGAGUACCAAACAGUCUUGAACCUGUCUUCGACCCCAAACGAGACUUGCGUAAACUCUGCGGAGAGUUCGACGCUAGCCCAAUGUAUUAAAACAUUCGCAUAUUCUCUGAUUAUGUUCUUGUCGCUGUUUGGGAACUUAGCUGUUAUCGCGAUUGUAUCAAAGAACAAUCAAAUGUGGACAACAACGAAUUUUCUGAUUGCUAAUAUGGCUGCAUCAGAUUUAAUGAUCACUGCGUUUGCAUUACCACGAGAAGUAGCGGAAGUCUUCAUCGGCCCUAGAAGAUGGCUGUUAAAAGGAAUAGUGGGACAGAUUCUUUGUAAGCUGGUUUUCUUCCUUCAAGACCUUUCCACCGCAGUAUCCAUGCACAGCCUUGUGGUUAUAGCCAUCGACAGGUAUCGAGGGAUAGUUUUUCCUUUCCGCUCUCCUGUUAUUACAACCAAGAAUUGCAAGGUAAUAAUUCCCAUAAUUUGGGUGGUGGCCAUGGGUUUACACGGGAUGUAUUUCUAUACCUUGCAACUGACGAAGAGCGAAAGCAAGUGGUACUGCACGAUAAGCUGGGCACCCAAGUUUGAGGAAAAGACACAAGUGAUAUAUUUUACUUUUCUUUCGGUCGUGAUAAUUUUUUUACCUCUCUGUGUGAUUCUCACGUUGUACACACUCAUCCUGAUAGAACUAAGGAAAAGAAAGGUAUCUAAAAACAACGCAUUAGAAUUGAGAAGCCGACGGCGCAAAGAAGACACAGCCAUCAUGAAAAGGAUUCUGAUUUUAGUUCUUCUUUUCAUUUUGUGCAUAACUCCAGUUAUCGUCUCGGGACUUGUCUUUCAUUUCAUAUGGGACUCACGCCUUCCUUGUGACAUGGAACAUCUUUUUCCUGUUACAAAGUUUGUUUUUUAUUCAAACGCAUCGCUAAACCCGUGGGUUUACAUUGUUUUAAGUGAGAGAUAUCGCCAGGGAAUGAAAGAAUUAGCCAAAAAUUUUACUUGCAAAGAUAAAAUCCAG